GUAGAAAACAACCCCUGCCCGACACGUGCUGCAUGGGGUCGAGUCUCGGCAGAAGCCUUGUUUUGAAGUUGGAGCCCCAACAAUUGCUGGUGGAACCAAACGGCGCGGUGAAUAAGUUCGGCUGAGGACGCCAUUUUGUUCUGUUUCCACUUGAAGUUCAUCUUGCACUAGUACUAGUAUGUCGAAGAGCGCCCUCGGUCUUCAAUCAUCAUUUUAGUGCGACAAAGUCAACGGUGACGGCAAUGGAGCGAUGUAAAUCUCCGACUGGCAGACCUUGAAGAUCUGGCUUUACGACUCACUCUCACACUCUCAAACUGAACUCGACAAUGGCGUCACCGGCGCCGGCCUCACAGCCGCCAAGCCUUUCGUUGCGCUUGAAAUCGGCCAUGAUUAUGGGGAUGACGGGCGUCAUAUCGCGCUGCUUUUUGUACGGAUUCAACAAGGUGGAAGUGACGGGCCUAUCACGGUUCCUCGACUUGCUAGACAGCCGUAAAGACCCUGCAAAGAGAGAGCGCGGACUCCUGACGGUCUCCAACCACAUUAGCGUACUCGACGACCCCGUUGUCUGGGGCCUUCUCCCCCUCAGCUACGCCUUCGAUCCAUCCAACUUGCGCUGGACCCUCGGGGCGGCAGAUAUAUGCUUCAAAAACAAACUCUUCUCAACCUUCUUCACACACGGCCAAGUCCUCCCGUGCCACCGGCUGAAGCACUCCCCCUUUGGCGGGCCGUUCCAGCCCGUUGUCAGGGAGGCCAUCCGCCUGCUGUCGACCCCUCCCUCCUCAGCCUUGCCGCCCGCCCACUUGACUUACAGCACAAACGGGGAGGACACCCACAUCUCCCCGCUGGCCUACCCGCUGCACCGCCGCUUUUCCUGGGUGCACGUCUUCCCCGAGGGCUGCGUCCACCAGCACGCGUCGACCGAUUUGCGCUACUUCAAGUGGGGGCUGGCUCGCCUCAUCCUCGAGUCUGACCCCGCGCCGGACGUCCUGCCCAUGUUCAUCGACGGCACGCAGCGUUGCAUGCCCGAGGACAGGGGGUUCCCGCGCUUUCUGCCGAGAAUCGGGAAGACAGUACGGGUGGCAUUUGGCGAGGUGCUGGAUUAUGAGGCGACCUUUGGCGAUUUGAGGAGGCGUUGGGAGGGGUUGGUGAAGCGAGAGCGGGAGAGGGUUGCUUCCAAGGGAGGACGGGGCAGAGGAAGGGAACUCAUGCUGCUGCCAGGGGACCUGCCGACGGAUGAGUUGAAGUAUGGCAGGGAGGCGCAGGAGAUUAGGAUAGAGGUUGCGCGGCGGAUGAGGGAGGAGAUUCUCAAGGUCCGAAAGGCCCUCGGCGGAUAUCCGGAGCCGGACCCGUCUUUUGCGUUGGCAGAGACUUGGAGGCUGGACGAUGAUAUUGGGGAGAAGAAGUAUAAAAGCCGGGUUGAUGGGAGCAGUAUAAACCAAGAUUAGGUGCGGUGACCAUCUGCUUGGGAUGCGUUUGACCUAGUUGUUGGUUUAUAAGUUCUAGGUUUGCACGUGUCGCCAGGAUAGACUUGUACCUCCCUCUAUUUAAUACUAGUGCUAUUCAUAGAAGGCAUUCGGAAGGAUCAAAUACAGCCUACAGUACGAUGUCUUUGUAUGUAUGGGUAGAUACGGUCCUUAACUAGAAACGACCCUGUAUUUUCCUCU